CGCGUAAAUCAGUGCCGUAAAGCACCAGCCGCUGUCGUGAAUCAGCGCAAGUGUGGCUGGCUGUUGUCAUGCUGUGCGCUCAAAUCAUGACAUAUUUUGGGUUAUUAAUAGUGUACAUGUAUAAACCGCAGCUGCUGGAUACCAUCUGUCUGCACAGAAACACAGCUGCUGAAGCUGCCGGAGGACUGAGAGUAAAUAAGCUCAGUCUGAAAGAUCUCGGUAAGAUCUCUCUGUAAGAUCUCGUAGUCCGGUUUCCGCGGGUCUAGAGUUCGUGCUCGCUUCUGUUCUGGGUCUGGUUGAGGAUGUUUGUGCUGGUGGAGAUGGUGGACACGGUCCGGAUUCCGCCGUGGAGUUUCCACCGACAGCUGAACGACGCGAUCGCCGAGGAGCUCAACAAGAAACUCGCCAACAAGGUGGUGUAUAAUGUGGGUUUGUGUAUCUGUCUGUAUGACAUCACUAAACUGGAGGAUUCCUACAUCUUUCCUGGAGACGGAGCGUCUCACACUAAAGUGCAUUUUCGAUGUGUGGUUUUCCACCCAUUCCUGGACGAGAUUCUGGUGGGAAAGAUUAAAGGCUGCAGUGCUGAAGGUGUUCAUGUGAGCCUCGGAUUCUUCGAUGACAUCAUAAUCCCGCCAGAGUCGCUACAGCAACCGGCUAAAUUCGAUGAGGCGGAGCAGGUGUGGAUGUGGGAGUACGAGACGGACGAGGGCGCUCACGACCUCUACAUGGACCAGGGCGAGGAGAUCUGCUUCCGGGUGGUGGACGAGGUCUUCAUCGACACGUCGCCCUCGGGUCCCAGCGCAGAGAAGGAAGGGCCAAGCGCGGCUGCCACAGCGCCACCUGCAGGAGCGGAGGACAGCGCGCAGCAGAAAGAGGCUCCGUACACACUCAUAGGAUCUGUAAGUGAACCAGGUCUGGGUCUUCUGUCCUGGUGGAACAGUUAACAGUCUCAUCUGUUAUGAAGCAUGAAAAAUCAGCUGAAACCUCUCAUAAGACUAAUUUACACAAUGAACUGAAGCUCUGUGGACCAAUCAGUGAGCAGCUGGUGCCGGGCCAAUAGGAGACGCUUAAUAAAAGAGCCAUUUAUAAUGAUUUAAAUGGGAUUAUUGUGUUGUAUUGCUGUGUCCUAUGGAGUUUACUUUAUAGAUAAAUUCUAUAAAAAAUGUUUAGCAAACAAUCUUUUUCUGACACUGAAUGGAAUAUUUUCAUGUGAUCAUGUAUAUAUGGUUUUUGGAUUUUUUUUCUCCUGCUUUUUACAACAUUAA